AUGGAGUUGGCCAAUGGAACUGCAGUUCAGGAAUUCAUUUUGUUGGGCUUUGGAGUCACACAGCAGAAGAGGUUCUUCCUCUUUAUCUUGUUUGCUAUUCUAUACAUGCUCACUUUAGCUGAGAAUAUCGCUAUUAUCACACUGGUGACUCUGGAUGUGCACUUGUCCCAAGUUCCCAUGUACAUCCUGCUACGCAACUUCUCCUGGCUAGAGAUAUGCUAUGUAACUACUACUGUGCCCCGUAUGCUUUUUGACCUGAUGUUGCCUCAAGGGAACAUUUCCUUCCAAGCUUGCUUUUUCCAGUUCUACGUCUUUUUCUCUCUUGGGACCACUGAAUUCUUCUUCCUCUCAGCCAUGGGCAUGGAUCGGUACUUGGCCAUCUGCCAUCCUUUGCGCUACCCUCAAAUUAUGACCCCCAAUUCCUGUUGUGCCCUGGUGGUUGCUUGUUGGGUCCUUGGCUUCCUGGGGUACAUUGUGCCAGUGAUUUUGAUCUCCAAGUUGUCCUUCUGCGGCCCCAACAUCAUUGACCACUUUGUGUGUGAUCCUGGGCCUCUUCUGUCCCUAGCUUGCCCUCCCUUAGGAAACGUUCCCCGUGGUUUCCAGAUCUUUAUGCACACUCUGUUUUUAGGCAACGUUUUCUUUGUUUUGCUAUCAUAUGGUGCAGUCAUUCUCACCCUGAUGAAAACUUCUAACCAAGGCAGCCGUAGGAAGGCCUUCUCCACCAUUUCUUUCCAUUUAAUGGUGGUCACCCUUUUUUAUAGUUCAGUAGCAGGAAUGUACUUGGUUCCAGGUGGGGAAAGCCAAUCAGAGGUCACUAAGGCGGUAACACUAUUCUAUAGUACCAUUACACCUUUUCUCAACCCUCUGAUUUAUUGUCUGAGGAAUGAUCAGGUGUGGGAGGCACUGGGCAGGUUGUUGAAGAAGAAAGACAGAUAA